GUGAGAACCAAAGAUCCCCAUUAUUUCCUCGCUUGUAAAGAAAAUCUUGUGUGAAUGCUUGGAGAUGAGCAAGAGAUAUUUACUGGGAAGGUAUAUAACGGAUUGAUUGUAAUUUGAUUUUGGGAAUGUUUUUUAAUAUGUGUUGGAAGAGGACUAUGGAUACUUGGCAAACAGCUGAUUAUGGCAGUCUUCCUACUGAACCACUGCAAGUUUAAUGGCUGUGGGUUGUCAUUUCCCAACCUAUUAGAGCUUAUUCAACACAUCGAGGAGACACAUAUAGAAACCAUUACAGAUCCAGCAACAGAAGCUGUGCAAGAAACCCAGCAGCCAUCAUGCCUUCCCUUGUCAUCUGUCUUGCGGUUCUUCAGCCCAAGUGCCCCUCGAGCUACUCCUCGCAAGCACCCACUUAGCAGUAAGACCCCUGGGGGUCCUCAGUCUAAAAUUCCCAAAUUAUCUCAUUCAAAAUCGUCUGGAUCAUCUUCUGGAAAGCGUACAAAUAGCAAGUCUCCACCACCUAACCUUACUACUAAUACAAAUAAUGGGAGUUCACUGCAUCUUUCUUCACUCCUUAAUUCACCAGGCAAGACAAUGGGAAGUGUGGGCUCGAGCAUGAGCAGCUCGAGUGGAGGAGGCUCAAGCGUGGGAGGGUCCAGUGUGGGUACUCCAUCCUCCACACGAGAGAGCACUCCUGUCAGCGCAAUCAGUAACAGCCCUCCAGUGAGUGAUUGUGAAGAAACGCUUCAUAGUGAUAAUGAGGACAGCAAUGAUUCAUGGACGACUCAAGAUGAGAUUCCAGCAGAGCUUAUUAUAAAAUUAGCAAGCAAAGGCCACUCCAGCAGCAAUGGUGAAGAUAAACCAUAUGUUUGCCCAGUGGUUGGAUGCCGCAAGCGAUACAAAAAUGUGAAUGGGAUAAAGUAUCAUGCAAAGAAUGCACAUAAAAAAGAUAGCAAAGUGAGAAAACCUUAUAGAUGUUACUGUGGUAAAAGCUACUGUACAAACCAAGGCCUCAAAAACCAUUGUACACAUUCACAUAAGAACGAGAGUUUAACAGCUGUCACAACAAAUACUGGUGAAGUUCUUCAAGUACCUGCAAACCAGCUGUCUUCAUCAAAUUCCAACAGUCAGCUCUCUGAUAACAACAAAUCUUCAACGACACCAGUAACUAGAUCAUUUGAGAAUGAAGGGAUUGUUCAGGUAAGCGGUACGACAGCACCUUCUACUGUCAACAAUCCAAUAGCCGUAACUGGACAGAUCAUAAAGGGAGGGUCGGCAGCAACUACAAAAGGAACUACGACCAUAUCAAGUAUUAAUUUAACUGGUUUAGUAGCAGCCAGUGGUGGUAAAAUUGCUCUUAAAGCUCUCCCAAAUGGUCAGCUACUACUUUCACAACCUUUGGAAGGAAAAUUAGCAACCCUAGUCAAAUCAGAUUCAAAACAUGAUUUCUCUCUAGAUGAUGGAAAAAAUCAUCUUGUUCAGUUAAAAACUGAUGGAUUUCAACAAAUAGAACUUAGUAAAUUACUUCAGUCUAAUUCAAAAUUAUCUCAGCAUCAAGUAGCAGUCACUACAUCUACACUUUCAGUAGCUAUACCUGCAAGCUCAUUUAAUUCUUUGAAAGGUUCGCAGCGAACAGGGUUGUCUUCUUCAGCAAUGUUGGCCCGGGCCCUAAAGAACCAGCUUGCGUCAACUCCAACAGGUAUUACUUCAGUACUUGGUUCCCUUGAUAAUCAACCUGAAAACAUGUUAGGGGGGCAGGGUGUUAUUUUAGGAGUAACUAUGGAAGAGGGUACACUUGUUGAUAAUGGUGAUGGAACACUCUCAGAACUAUCAGUUAUAGAGUAGGACAACACAAUUAGAAAUAUGUUAAUGGCUUGACACUGAUUAAUCUUGGUUUUAUAUUAUGUUCAUGUUAUUAGUAAUUGGAUGCACUGUAUGGAGCUUUAGUAUGUGCAUUAUAUUUUGUUGGAAAUGUAAACCUGAUAAGCCAUGGCUCUGAUGUUUAUUGUCUUUGGGUAAUUUAUGAUUACAUAUUCUUGGUGAAAUUAAAUACAUAUAGAUAUAUUUUAAUACAUUAGUGUUAUUAAAAUAGUCAUCACCUGGAAGUGUUUAUAAGGAACAUGGAUAAUGAUAAUAAUAAUAAUAAUAAUCAAUUUCAGUGUGUAAGUUGUAAAUGUGAAAAGUUAAAUAAUUUUCAGUAUAUUUAAGCACCAUACUUCCCAUCAUAUAAGACAAUUUUUCUUUAAAAUGAAGCAAAAAAAAAAAAAACUGAAUCUUAAUUGGUUAUGUCAGAACUAUGGC